AUUUAUACAAAUGGCUAUAUUACUCUUGAUGGUGACUUCAACAGUGGAAGACCUCAUCUGUUUUCAAAUCCAAAUGAAAUACAACCAGACUCUAUGGUAGCUCCUUUGUGGUCAGACAUUGACAUGACUAGAGAUUCCAGAAUCUGGUAUCACUUCUACAAUAAAUUCACAGCUGACUCAUCAGUUCUAAGCCAGGCCCAAUCUCUGAUUGUGGAGAACUACAGAGAUUCAGUUACAGCCUCCAGUUUUGAUCCUAACACAGCUUUAGUUGUCACCUGGGAAAAUGUCCAUCCAGCUCCUGUAUCUUCAUAUUCCUCACAGAAUGCCAGUUUCCAGUUGCUGAUAGCCAGUGAUGGAGUGACCACUUACACAGCCUUCCUGUUUAAACAGAUGGACUGGGUCCCUCCCAAACCUGCCCUCCUGGGCUACAAGUGUGGGUCAAAUGACUUCUACAGCCACCCUGUUUCACUGACCAAUCACAUGCUACAGGAGGUCAUAAAUAACGGAUAUAACAAUGAAAGUAAACAAGGACUAUGGAUUUACAAAUUGGACAGAAUGAACAACUUCAUAAACUUUGCUGAAAAAUGCUACACUUGGAUACAAAAUUCUGGAAAACCGGGAUUUUCGGCUAUCAAAUUGGCCAACACAAAAUUAACCAAGUGUCCCUGUAGUGAAGACAGGAUACAAAAAGAUGGCCGCUUUGUCCAAUACCUGAAACAGCCCAACUGUUAUGUAUUGGAGUUCUCACCAUAUAAUAUAACAGGGACGAGGAAAUGCUGUUACUCAACAAACUCAACCCAUUCCAAUUUGAUCAGCAGUGGUAGAGAAGCUGGUUUUAUUUACACUGAGCACCCUAUACAUAAUGAAGCCGGGGCCAAUCUGAAGGAUGAAGAACCACACAACUACUGCUGUAUACAGUCCAACCUCUGUAGUGAAUUCCUCAAACUGAGAAUUUCUGAUACCUGUGAAUUUUACACUCCACUCAGAUCUGGCUCCUCCUUUGGAGACCCCCAUGUAAGAACACUGGAUGGUCUGACCUAUACAUUUAAUGGACUGGGAGAGUAUGUGAUGCUGACUAUGGUAGAACCAGGGACAAACCUCACUCUACUGGAGAUACAGACUCGUACAGCACAAGCUGUCAAUGCUAACGGAACCAAGAUAAACGCCACAGUCUUCCAUGCGUUUGUUGUCAGGGAAAAGAAUGGGGGAGAGGUUCAGGUAGAAGUCAACCUCGCAGAAACAGGCAUUAUUUUAUAUGCAGACAGAAUAGAUAUCACCCCACAAUUCUAUGCCAGUGACACCUAUACAUAUUACAGAGCUAAUUCUAUAUUUAUAACAAGAACAGGAUCUAAUGGAGUAAAGAUUCUAUUUCCAUCAGGUAUAACUUUUGAAAUGUCCCUGAAUCUUGGAAUGUUGGAGUUUACAACUGGUGUACCAGAUUCAUUGUCCUCGACGACAACAAACUCUGGCCUUCUGGGAAAUGUGAACGGAGACAUCAAUGAUGACCUGAAGACGCCUAACGGAACUCUUCUUCCCUCUAACUCAACAGAGAAAGAAAUCUACCACAACUUUGGAGAACUCUGGAGAGUUGAAUGUGACAAGUCCCUGUUUGUCUACCAGCAUGGCUUGACUUGUGCUUCCUACCAGCAGACAAACUUUACACCAAUAUUCAUGGAGGACUUCACUCAGCAAGAAAUAACGCGAGCUCAGGAGGAGUGUGGGGGACCCCAGAACUUCAACUGUAUUUAUGACUUCCUGGCCACGGAAAACCAGGCCAUUGCUAAUGUCACUAAAAUAGCUUAUCAGACGGCCCUACAGGAGGAGAGAAGUGCAGCCAACACAAGACCUGUCAUAGAUGGAUUAGGUUCUAUCUAUACAGUGGUGGGUCAGAGCUUCACAAUUACAGCCAAUGCCUCAGAUGUAGAUGGAGACAAUGUGACUAUAGUCAUGCUGAGUCCAGUAAAUGUGACCUCCGCUACUCUCCCUGGGAAUGUGUCCUUCUCCUACACCUAUACACCACAAGACAUGACUCCUUAUGCUGUGGAAUUGUAUGCCAUUGAUUCUUUGAAUGGAUUGUCCAGAGUAUUGUAUGAGCAGGUGUACCAGUGUUAUAACUGUAGUAACCAUGGUAACUGUAACAACUCCCUAGCAACCAGCACCAGUAUCUCUUCAUUCUUCAUUGUAUCAUGUAUUUGUGAUCUGGGAUGGACAGGUGAUUCUUGUGAGAUUGAUAUUGAUGGUUGUGCUGGUUCCCCUUGUGAUCCCCUAAGUAACUGUACAGACAAUCCAGCAGCUGAGCACCAGUCAACAGGAAGGGCAUUCAAGUGUGAAAACUGUCCCCAGGGAUUCCAGAUGACACAAACUUUUAAGUGUUUAGAUAUUGAUGAAUGCUCCAACAGUUCUGUGAAUGGCUGUGAACAGAUCUGUACAAACACAGAGGGAAGUUACUCCUGCUCAUGUCAUCAAGGAUACAGAUCAGCAGGGACGUUAUGUCUAGACAUAGAUGAGUGUACAGAAGGAACCAGUCAAUGUCAACAACUCUGUGUGAACGCUGUAGGUUAUUAUAAUUGUUCCUGUGUUGACGGCUAUUCUCUCCAACCAGACGGACUCUCUUGCGUUAUACAAAGUCCACAAGUCUCCUGUAACAGUUUGAACUGUAGUCAAGGAUGUUCUGUCAACAGCUCGGGUUCUCCAUAUUGCUUCUGUAACCAAGGUUACAGCCUGCUGCCAGAUGGAGAGAACUGUACUGAUGUGAAUGAAUGUGAGAAUAGUGGCACCUGUCCCCAAGUGUGUACAAACACUGAUGGUGGUUUUACGUGCAGUUGUUUGGUUGGUUACAAACUUCAGAAUGACCAGAUUUCUUGCACAGGUUGUGAUUCCCUGCAUUGGGGUUACAAUUGCAACAGAUCAUGUGACUGUUCCCAGAAUGCUUUGCAUUGUGACAGUGUAAGAGGAUGUGUUUGUAAGACUGGUUGGACAGGAACCCUGUGUGACACUAACAUCAAUGAAUGUGUGGAUCCAAGUUUGUGUUCAGCUACAGAGGUGUGUGUGGACAAUCUAGGGUCCUACAGCUGUCAGUGUGUCAGUGGAUACCAGAGAAAUGCUUCACAAAUCUGUCAGAAUGUGGAUGAGUGUAGCUCAGCCCUCCAUAACUGUACCUCCACAGAGAACUGUCAAGACAUACCAGGCUCAUUCCUCUGUCCCUGUCAAGUGGGCUUCCAGAGAAACUCCACCUCAGGAGAUUGUGAAGAUAUUGAUGAGUGUAGAGGAGGGACAGAUUCCUGUAACCAGAAUUGUCAAAACACUGUAGGGAGCUAUUAUUGUACCUGUUAUAUUGGAUAUCAGCUACAGGACGACAGGAGAACUUGUGUUCAAGCCCAAAAUCCCUGCCUUGGUGCCAGCGUGGAUGGAACUUGUGACACGACUCAUGGAGGAUGUACUGUUAACUCCUCCAAUGUAGCCUAUUGUUUCUGUGACCAUGGAUACGACCUCCAGGUCAACGCUUCAGGAUUCUCACUCUGUCAAAAUAUCAAUGAGUGUAUAACCAACAUCUCUGGCUGUUCCCACAUCUGUAAUGAUGUCAGUGGUACCUUCUACUGUACUUGUCGUGAUGGCUACAAACUGACAACAGAUCAAAAAACUUGUGAAAGUUGCAGUGUCACCAACACCUGGGGAUCUAACUGUACCACCCCCUGUAACUGUGGGGUGGGGGCCUCCUCAUGUGACCCCCUGAUUGGCUGUCGCUGUCUGCCAGGGUGGACAGGAGCCCUGUGUGAACUUAACAUCAAUGAAUGUCUGAGCACCCCGUGUAAUGUAACCCAAACAUGUGUAGAUACUGAAGGCUCCUACAUAUGUCAAUGUGAUUCAGGAUUUCAGAGUAACCAAAAUGGGGGAUGUCAAGAUGUUGAUGAAUGCAGCAACGGCCAAGCUAGAUGUCAUCAAUUGUGUACAAAUACAGUAGGAAGCUACAACUGUUCUUGUAGACCUGGAUUUGAGCUGAAGUCAGAUGGCAUCUCAUGUCAAGAUGUAAAUGAGUGUUCGACUAACAACCACAACUGUAGCCAGGCCUGUAGUAACACAGAAGGGAGCUACUUCUGUUAUUGUAACCUGGCUAGUGAUGGCAGGACCUGUAAUCUUAUUGUGACUACAACAGUGAGUGUAAGUACAACCCAGCAGUCUGUAGAAACUAUCACAACUCAACAGCCUACAACUACUACUACAACUCAACAGCCUACAACUACCACGACUCAGCAGCCUAAAACUACCACAACAACUCAACAGCCUACAACUACUACUACAACUCAACAGCCAACUACAACCACCACAACUCAGCAGCCUACAACUACCACCACAACUCAACAGCCUACAACUACUACUACAACUCAGCAGCCUACAACUACCACGACUCAGCAGCCUACAACUACCACAACAACUCAACAGCCUACAACUACUACUACAACUCAACAGCCAACUACAACCACCACAACUCAACAGCCAACAACCACUACAACUCAGCAGCCUACCAGUACAACUCAGCAGCCUACCACUACAACUCAGCAGCCUACCACUACCACUACAACUCAACAGCCAACAACCACUACAACUCAGCAGCCUACCACUACAACUCAACAGCCUACCACUACCACUACAACUCAGCAGCCUACAACAACCACUACAACUCAACAACCUACAACAACCGCUACAACUCAACAGCCUACAACUACCACUACAACUCAAAAGCCUACAACAACCACUACAGCUCAACAGCCUACAACUACCACUACAACUCAACAGCCAACAACAACCACUACAACUCAACAGCCAACAACAACCACUACAACUCAACAGCCAACAACUACCACUACAACUCAGCAGCCUACAACUACCACUACAACUCAGCAGCAUACAACAACCACUGCAACUCAACAGCCUACAACUACCACAACAACUCAACAACCUACAACUACCACUACAACUCAGCAGCCUACAACUACCACUACAACUCAACAGCCAACAACCACUUCAACUCAACAGCCUACAACAACCACUACAGCUCAACAGCAUACAACAACCACCACAACUCAGCAGCCUACAACAACCACCACAACUCAACAGCCUACAACAACCACCACAACUCAACAGCCUACAACUACCACUACAACUCAACAGCCAACAACUACCACUACAACUCAACAGCCAACAACUACCACUACAACUCAACAGCCUACAACUACCACUACAACUCAACAGCCUACAACUACUACUUCCUCUACAAGGAGAUCUACAACUAUGACAGUUUUAACACAAAGUUUGACCCUCACUACCACAACUAUAGCACCAACCUCAACUCAGCCAUAUACAGACACAAUAUUGCUACCUUAUGGAUCAGUGUAUGGUGACUCUUUAGCCAAUACAGGAGAUGAUGCUUUACAAGCAGUAGUGUUUAACCCAAUAGGAUUCAUGUGUGGAUGUUCAAUCAGCAAACAGAUAUAUAUUUAUUCCAAUGGCUAUGUUUCUGUCGGUGAGAGAUUUGAUGAUGAGAGACCAGUGCUUCUGUCUGAUACCUCAGGAUCCAUUGUAAACAAUAAGGUCCUGGCCCCUCUCUGGACAGACAUUGACCUGACCAGUGUCUCUCAUAUCUGGUAUCAGCUCUAUCACAAGUUUGGAGACACAGAUGUUACUAAUGUUCUUACAAGGGCUAGGGAUCUAGUUGUCAGCAAUAUAAAAGAUGCAGAAGAAGUGACUUCAUCAUUUGAUCCUAACUCGGCUCUGAUUGUCACCUGGGAGAAUGUAAUGCCCUCUCCAAGCUCCAUGUAUACAACAAAGAAUGCCACAUUCCAGUUGGUUGUUGUCAGUGAUGGUGUUGCUACCUAUGCCUCCUUCUUAUUCCACUCUGUUAACUGGGACACCACCAAGCCAGCAGUGAUGGGGUACCGGUGUGGGGACACCGUAUCUGAUACCUACACCCACCCCGCCUCCUUCUCCAGGCAGAUCUACCCAACAGUCAUAGAACAGGGAUACAACA